AUUUUUAAUAUUACUUACGUUUUGUUCGUAAUUUGAUAUUUUAUUGGAUAGUUUCUUUGUUGUGCAUACCAUAUAAGCCAAACCAGUAUUAUGUCCAGUGCAUUCACAAGUUUGAUUGCGGUUGCAGCUUUAAAACCGACAAAAAGAUGGUGUGUGUUGAUCCUCUUUUCACGGGUCUUCUCCAAGAUUUGGCGCAUGGUGAAUAUCUGAUCAGUUGUGGAUUUUCCUGGUCUAAAGCCACACUUUAAUCUUUCACACAGUACGCUCGAUAGAACCUUACAUGCGAUAUUUAGGAGGCUUAUCCCAUGGUAAUUGGCACAGAUUGUGGGAUCUCCCUUUUUAUGGAUUCGCCAUCUCCUGGUGUUGUACUUUCACUGCCAUUCAGCAGGUCGGAGAAGUGUUCCCUCCAUAAUCCCAGUAUUCCCUGGACAUCGGUUACCAGAUUACCACCUUGGUCUCCGGCCUUGAAACCUUCGUUAAGUCGUUUCAUUUUUUCAUAAAAUUUUCGAGCAUUACCUCUAUCUGCCAGCUUCUCAAGCUCUUCAUACUCACGCAUUUCGGCCUCCUUCUUUUUUAUCUGCAAAUGCGUCUCGCUUCCCUUUUCAGCUCUCGGUUCUAUCCCAUCCCGCACGUGUUGUGGUCGUUUGCAACGUUGCGAGGUAGGCAGUCAGUUUUCUCUCCGCUGCGAUCUACCACAAUCUUCAUCGUGCCAGCUCGAUUUUUGUCGUUGCCGAAAUCCGAUUGUUUCGGCUGCGGCGGUACGCGAGGUACCACAGUUCCCUUAGGGUGCGUGCAGAGUGGCCGCUUGUUGCCGAGCCGAGCCGACUGACGCUUAUUGCAAGAACUUGUUCAUGCGAGAAACAAGUUUGAGUGUGCAUAGUAGAUGCGAGAAUCAGCGCUGAUAUUUUAUCUAUUAUUUGUGUUUUAUGUAUGUUUGUAUGCAUUUUAGUUUGUUGUUCAUUCGUGUUUGUGAAAUUAAAGUGAAAAGAUAUGGAUUCGUCAGAUGAUGAGUAUUUAGCUUCGGCUACUGUUUUAAAGUAUUUUAUCAACAAAAAAUCAUUUGGAAAACAUCCAAUAAAUGAUAAACGAAGUGAAUUUGGAGAAUUUCAUCACUUAUAUAGUGAUUUAAGAAAAUAUCCUGCCAAGUUUAAAGAAUAUACUCGAAUGAGUAUUGAAACUUUCGACUAUAUUCUCGAAAAGAUUGGUGAUAAAUUAAAAAAGAAGUGGAGUAAUUUUAUUAAAGUACCAAUAUGUCCAUGUGAACGCUUGAUAGUAACUCUCAGAUUUCUGGCAACUGGAGCAUCAUUUGCCUCACUAGCUUUUUCGUUUCGGCUAGGCAAAUCAACAGUAGGAGCUAUUGUUAAGGAGACAACACAAGUUCUAUGGGAUAAUAUGUUUACUAUACAUAUGCCGCAGCCAAACCAACAAUGUUUUCAAGAAAUUGCAGAGCAAUACUGGAAGCUAUGGAACUUCCCAAAUUGUAUUGGUGCUAUCGACGGGAAGCACAUACGAAUCAAGUGUCCAGGAAAUACUGGCUCCAUGUAUUAUAAUUAUAAACACUUUUUUUCUAUUGUAUUGCAAGGUAUUGCCGAUGCCAACUGCAAAUUUAUUGCGGUUGAAGUUGGUGGAUACGGAAAGCAAAGUGAGUGAUUUUGAAGUCUUCCAAAAUCUUUAAUCUUUUAAAAAGUGGAGAACUACCUGUACCAGGAAAUACAUAUCUGCCAAACAGUGAAGAAAUUGUGCCAUAUGUAUUUCUUGGGGAUGAGGCUUAUCCCCUUUUAGAAUGUUUGUUAAGGCCGUAUAGCCGAAAGGAGAUAACGGAAGACCAUGAAUAUUUUAAUGCCCGGCUUUCAAGAGCUAGAAAGUGCAUUGAAUGCGCCUUUGGGUUAUUAAGUGCAAGGUUCAGAAUAUUAUGGAAACCCAUUGAAACGGAUCCUUUGUUCGCUGAACUCCUUGUAAAAUGUAUAUGCCUUCUACACAACAUAAUUAUUGAUUUAGAGGGAUUAGAUGAAAAUUUAAAAGAAGUGCAAAAAGAAAAUUUGGAAAAAAUCAUAAAAGAAUUCAAUAAAACAAGUGUCAAAAAUGGUAGAUUAAUAAGAGAUAAAUUCUGUAAUUUCGUAUGCAUGAAUAAAAUAUAACAAAUUUCAAUGUAACUUACUUGGUAUUUUCAUUUCUGAAGCAACGGACAUCCAUAGCUUUUCCACUAAAACACGGUUAUGAUAACAUUUAUUUUUCUGAUCCCACAAAGCCGGCCGAAAAAAAACUUCACUUAUUAAUUGUUCUACAUUCAUUUUAAAUAAACCAAAACACACGACUGUACUGAAGAAAAGUUCAACAAGAAUGCCAUUAAAUGAUGAAUGACAGCAUAUGAUUUUCAUUUUAAUUUU